AUGACAUCUACUGCUGCGUGUCCAAUUUUUGGUGCCCCUGAAAAAUUUGAUUCAACAUGUUUACCAACUCAAGAAAACUUCAUCAAGCACUAUUUAUGGGUUCAAUCAGAAUUACGAAGUUCUUCUUCUAAAGAACCAAAUACUGAAACUAUUUUAAAAAUUGUACUACAGGAUAUCAAAGCUAUAUGGGAAAAAGUGGCAAUUCCAAUAAUUUCAGAACAAAGAAUUAUUAAUUUGAUGAAAGAAUUAUAUCAAAAAUAUAAAAAUAUAAAAAAACCUGGAAAAUCACGCAAUACUACAGGGUACAAACUAAAAAAAGAAGAAUAUUACUUAAAUGCAAAAAAACUAUUAGAUAUUGCAAAAUGUAAAUGUUUGUCUGUUAUGAGAUGUAUUUGUAAAGUUAAGUUAUCGACUUUUGACCAUAAAUUUUUACUAGACCAACGAAACACUAGAAUUCUAAAUUUUGUUGAUCUUUCUCCGUCUAGAAAGAGAAAAUUGAAUGAUCCUACUUCUGCAGAUGACAGUGUAUCAAGCUUGCCUUCUUCUAUAGGCACCGAAGAUUCUCAAAUAGCAACUCGCCAAAUUAGUUCUAUUUCAAACUCACUAAGUGUUUUUUCCGUUGAAUUGGAGGAUUCUUCAGAUUUAGAUGAAUCGUUUGUUUAUGAGAAACCUACUAAGCAAAUGAGAAUGGACUUACAAAACUACGCUAAGGCUUGUGACAGAACAGGAGUAUCUGAUAGAAAUGCUGCAAUUCUUGCUACUUCCCUACUCGAAGAUCUCGGAAUAAUUCAUGAAGAUCAAUCGAAUAACAUUGUUGACAAAUCUAAAAUCAGAAGAGAGCGUCAAAAAUGUCGAAAUACUUUGCAGGACAAAACUGUAAAUAAAAUGAUUUUGUCUAGUUUAUAUUUUGUUCUGUUCAGACAAAUUGGGGAAAAAUUUUAUAGAAAAAUAUCUUCUGAAGAACAUAUUGUUUUGAUUUAUAAGCCUAAUUCUGAUUACUUAGGACACGUGACACCUGCGACAGGAGCUGCAGAAAACAUUAAAGACUGUAUCAUAAAUUUUAUUGAAAAAAAAAAUCGAACUACUCAAAAUUACGAGUCAUCGGAAGUGAUGGAGCUAACGUUAAUACUGGAAAGAGAAAUGGAGUUAUUGUUCGAAUUGAAAGAUCUUUGGGCUGAUAUACCUUUAUUACCAACACAAGAUUUAAGUAAAGACCAAAAAUAUUUAUAUGAAAUAUCUGUAGCAAUAUCUAAUGGAAUAUUACCCGCAAACUUGGUUCACUGCAAUCCAGGAAAUUUGUGUCAUUCGAGAUGGUUAACUACCGCCAACAGAAUAUUACGACUGUAUCGUAAUGGAUAUUUCGCACAUCCUGAGAACAUUCUACUGGCUAUGUUAGGAGAUGAAAGAAAAUUAGUACGAGAGCAAGCUGUAAAUACCAUCAUGGAAUCUAGACUAAAAAAUGAUUCAACAGAAAAAUUGCGUUCGUUUAAUGUUCCAACUUUGAAUAUGAGUGCAAAAGAUUAUACUGACAUGAUUGAUUGGAAAAAGAUAAACAUAACUUAA